AUGGCUCCUGUACCUGAUUCUCUCUUACGGGCGCUCUCCCUCCCAGACCCGUCCAAAGCCACACUCUCGACGGCGGGACUGGGUUCCGGUUUCACCAACACAGGCGCCAUUCGGGCCACGGUUCCUUCCUCCGAUGGACAGGGUGGUGAGGAAGAACGACGGUAUUUCGUCAAAACCUCGAGGGAUGGGAAGGCGGCCGAAGAGAUGUUCCACGGGGAAUAUGAAUCCCUCAACGCCAUCGCAGACUCCGUGCCAGGCUUCUGCCCUCGCGCUCUGGCGUGGGGGUGCCUUGAAGAGGGCAAUGGGAGGAGCUUCUUCCUGGCGACCGAAUUCCUGGACCUGGGCGUUGGCGGCCGAAUCGAUCAGUCGUCACUGGCCCAGCGACUAGGUCAACUCCAUUCGACUCCGGCGCCAGCAGAUCCCCAGACAGGGAAACGCCAGUUUGGAUUCCCCGUGCCCACUUUCUGCGGCGACACGAAGCAGCCCAACCGAUACCACGAUUCAUGGGCGAAAUUCUACGCCAAUGAGAGGUUACUGAUGAUCCUGGAGACCUCGGAGAAGCGCAAUGGACAUGAUGUCGGCUUGCGUGAUCUCGUCGAACGGACCGCCCACACAGUCGUCCCCGCCCUCCUGCGCGAUGGACAUCUGGGAUAUGAUAGGAACGGACACGGAAAAGAGAUUACACCUGUGGUAGUCCACGGGGAUCUGUGGAGUGGCAACGCCGAUCGGGGACGCAUUGUGGCGAGUGGACGAAAAGAAGAUGAAGAGGUCGGGGGUGUGGUCUACGAUCCAUCGGCAUGCUACGCCCAUAGUGAGUAUGAUCUGGGGAUUAUGAAGAUGUUUGGAGGGUUUGGGUCGUCGUUCUUCAAUGCUUAUCAUCGCCUUGUGCCCAAGACCGAACCAGUGGAGGAGUACGAUGACCGACUGCGGCUGUACGAGCUGUAUCACCAUCUAAACCACUAUGCCAUCUUUGGUGUUGGAUAUCGGUCGGGAGCAGUAUCGAUCAUGCAGAAGCUGAUCAAGAAGUACGUGCAACGCGUCUGGCUAGCACUAGAAGAAAAACAGAUCCCCUACCAGUACAUUGAAGUCAACCCCUACCACAAACUGCAGUCACUUCUCUCUUUGAACCCGCGCGGACUCAUCCCUACACUCUCCAUUCGCACCCCGGGCGGAAGCAAGCCCCUCUACGAAUCCAACGUCAUUCUCGAAUACCUCGAGGAAGCCUACCCAGACCAUGGUCCCCGUCUACUCCCGACAGAUCCCUACGAGAGAGCCCGGGUCCGCAUCUGUAUAGACUUUGUGACCUCGCGAUUUAUCCCUGCCUUUCACCGUUUCUUACAAUAUCAGUCCUCAGAGAGCGAGGACACCGAAGCAGGGAUCGAGAAGCAUCGACAGGGGUUCUUGGAGUGCUUGAAGGAAUGGACGCGGGAGUUGCAUCCCCAAGGUCCGUUCUUCCUAGGUGAUCAGAUCAGUCUUCCAGGUCUAGUACUUGGACCCUGGGCGAUCCGGUUGUGGGUUUUCGAUGAGUUCAAAACAGGAGGACUCCGAGUCCCGGUCGAAGGACAGGGAGGAUCAGAUGAUCUAGUCUGGCAGCGGUGGAGGAAAUGGGUCACGGCUCUGCAGGAGCGCAAGAGUUUCCGAGAUACGAUAAGUGAUGUGCAGCAUUAUCUUCCUAUAUAUAAACGGUGUCCAUCUAUGCAGGAAGAUGAUUAUAGCAGUUUACACGGUUUGAUUUAUUGCUCUGGCAACAUGGAUGUUCCCAUUGCAGCAAAUGUUCUGGGUACAAUAGGUGCUAUUUGCUGGUCUGUCCAGCUGAUCCCUCAGAUUAUUUUCAAUUAUCAACGACACAACACGGAGGGCCUACAGCCAUCAAUGAUGCUCCUAUGGGCCAUCGCUGGGGUCCCCCUUGGAGUAUACAAUAUUGUAGAAGAAUUGAAUGUGGCUCUUAGAAUCCAACCUCAAAUUCUCACUUUUCUAAGUCUUGUGACAUGGGCACAGUGUCUCUACUAUGGCAAGAAACGAACAGCCAUGACAUGUAUUGCGGCUGUUGUCUCACUUCUCUUGACCUUAGGCGCCAUUGAAGUGGCGCUAAUCUUUGCUUUACAAGCUUCGAAGAGACGUGCCAUUGAAUGGCCGACUAUCUUAAUGGCUGUCCUCAGCGCCUCUCUGCUUGCAGCGGGUGUGCUGAGGCAUUACUGGGAUAUCUAUCUCCACCGCACUUAUCUGUUCGCCACCAGGAUGGCACCGGAGAAGAAGGACGAUGCCAGUCUCUUGGGGUCUGACCCCGCCGUACCGGAUCCGCCUUCAAUUCAUCCUUCUUUCAUCCAGGUAGCCAAGCCGUACAUUUUCGAACAAACUAUCCAGAAAUGUAUCGCGGCCAUGGGGGUUAAUCCUCUGCGCGAGGAAGCGCUGCGUUUGCAGGGCGUGACAUGGAUUGACAAUGUCCGCCGCGUACUCUAUCUACCUAUUCGCACCUUUAACACAGCUGUCGUGUAUUAUCAUCGAUUCCGGCUUGUUCAUCCGGACAACGAGUACAAUUACAUGGAUGCCGCCGCGGCCGCUCUUUUUACGGCAUGCAAGAUCGAGGACACGUUGAAGAAAUCCAAGGAGAUCGUAUGCGCUGCAUACAAUCUUAAACUCCCGCCAUCGGAGCACAUGUCCCCCGACAACCAGGUUUUCGAGGCACACGCUCGAGGCAUCAUUGGAUUGGAGAGGCUCAUGCUCGAGGCAUCGGGCUUUGAUUUCCGAACACGGCAUCCACAGAAGACGUUAAUCAAACUCGCUCGGAAGUACGGCCUGACUUCGCAAUCCGAGGUCUCCAGCACCGCCUAUCGCAUUUCACAGGACCUCUACCGCACCUUUGCGCCGAUCAAGCAGACCACAUCUACAAUGGCAUUCGCGUCUCUGGAACUGGCAGGUCGUCUGCUAGACCAACGAACCGAGCCCGUCGAGCUAGGCGUGGACUAUGAGAAGUGGAAAACGAGCCGGGAAGAGGUUAUAGAAACCCUUUUCGAUGUACUAGAACUCUACACGCACAACCGCGGCUCCACAACCGUUGGCCCUCAUUUCCCCGCUGACCGAUUCCUCAAGGUUCGGAUUCCUCUCAACAAAGAGGCGGAAGCACAAGGUCUUUCUAGAUACACGAACUGGGUGCACGAUCGGGAUCUCCAAACUCCUAAUGGUUCUAAGAGCGGCGGCAAACACCCCAGAGCCACCCAAUACGGUGAAUCGCGAUUCCACCCGCUCAUCCCCGUCUCCGCCAGCGGCGAGAGACCCAAACCGGGCGAGAAGGGUCGCGAUGGUGCCGUGCGCUUUACGAUCGAUCCUGAGUCUGCUGAUGCGGAGAAGACCCACGUCGCUGAAUACUUUAAGGUCGAAAUGGAGGAAUAUGAAGUCGAAGAAUGA